UUUGUUAUAUCUGUCGGUAAAAUUCUAUUGUAAAAUAUGUACAGGUGGCCUUUAAAUGAACAAAUGUCGGCUUACCGUACUACAUAAGUGUUUAUAAUCUUUUACAAAUUUACAUGACAUUAUUUAACUAUGUAACAGUAUUAUAUUAUAUGAAACUAAAAUUUCGUCUAAAAAGAUGAGAAAUUAACAAUUUUCACGAUUAAAGUCAACAUUAUUCAAUACAUGUUUUCUUUUCUUGUGGCAUGUAUGAAAAGUGCUUUAAAUCUGAAAAAUCCUAUUAAAAUAUGUAUCCAAUUCUGUAUGGAGAUUACAGCAUGUGUGGAUUAACGGCGGAUUAUUACUUUAAAGCACAAUCUUAAAAUAUAUAAGCAAACGAUAAUGCAACGAGUACACAAUAGAUAAUUUAGAUUGUAUUUUUAACUCAUAAAAUUCGGAUCGUCGAAAACAAUAGCAGCAGUUAGAGUACACAAAGUGAAAAGGGAAGUUUCGGAUAUUUAAUAGUAUUCCUCAGGUAAUGCGAAAAUAAUAUGGAAAACAUUCAAAGGGAUGGAAAGAAUAAAAAUGAAGAAUGUGUCAUUUAGAAAGUAAAAGUCAAUGGAAACAUUUCACUUAUGACUUUAUGUUAAUUUGUAAAAAAAUAACACCCGUGAUCACCGUGCAGGUUGCAAUAAACGGAAAGUAAAAAUGCGGCUAUUUCAGGCUCAGAAUUUCUACGGCGACAUUACAUCGCCACCUCCGCCACCCCAUUUCUCCAUUGACAGGGAGGCGACACGUGUCAUGCCAGUGUAUCUGAAUCAGUAUCGUGACGGCCGACGGCUUCCGACGCCGGAAAAGGUCGCCGUUAUGGAACUUUCGAACAGCUUUGAACGCAGACGUCUCGGAAAGCACCAGCGUAUUUUAAAUGACAUAUCCGAGAGGUGUCGAGCUCAAGAAAUAACGGACUUAAGUAACAAAUUAUCAGCCAAAAAGACAAUUUACACGAUUGAUAAACCAACCAAAGAAAUGACAUUUUAUUCUACAACAUUCAUGGGUUCACAACCAAGAAAAAUACCAACAGAAGCUGCAGAAACCGGAAACAGCAUGUCACCCACGGAUGAUGACGCUUCCCGACCGUUAUUCGAGAAAAAUUAUAGACAGUUUCCUGCAAGACGCAUUAUGCGCCAGCAGACGAAGUUUGACUUUCUGAGACAAAAAACCAGCUUUCCAAAGUUAUCUCAACCAACUGCUCAGAUAGUUCCGAAAUCAUCAGUAUCAGAUUCACAAGCCAUGAAUCUUCGAGCAGGCCUCGCUCAAAGGCAACAAAUAAAUGGUCCUAUUCAAUUGGACCACUAUACAAGCCCGAGACCGGAUCUGGCGCCACUUGUGUUACCAACUCUAGAAAGAUACAAUACUGGAAUUCAGUCGGAACGCCUCGAUAGAUCCGAGAUGUGUUUCUCUACAUCACGUGUUACUUUAGGACAUCGGACAAGAACCCAGUUGACCAUUGAUACAACGCGAAGCGGGACAAUUCAUUUGAACCAAACUGUUCCACCAGUGGGUCUGACAAAUUAUGGUCACGAACUCUCACAGUUACAACUGACGAGUGGGCAUUCACCACCACCUAAUUCUGUACACGAAGUAACCGCUGACGCGUCUUGAAGAGGUGCGUGAUUAGUAUGAACAGCUUAAAUCAUGCCUACUUCACCCGAUGAACGCAUUUUAGCGGCUUUAAUAAAGUCUGCCCACAGUUAGUUAUUGAAAUCGUAGUUACAACCUUACUAUUGUGAUCUUGUUGGUUACAAAAAUCUUGUGUUUUACCUAGAGCUUUCGAAACUUGAUCUGUGAUGUUAGAUGUGUAUAUAGGCAUUCAUAUAAUUUUCUUGUUGUAUUUUGUAAUUUACUGAUGUGAAUGUGCAUUUGUAAAUAGGUUUCAAGCCUGUAUAUUAGUCAGUGUUUAGUGUUCUGUUUGACUGCAAAUACGUCAUACGGAAUGACAAUAAAAACAACAGAACAAUAAAAACGAUAAACGAAAGAACAAAAAGAGAGUAACAAGAAAUAAUAAUUGGAGAGGGGAAAAUGCGAAAGGGCACCGUGCAAGAAUCUGUAUUUCAUUUCUUUUUUGUCAUAUAUAUGUGUAUGUGUUUUGUUAUUUCUUUCUGAGGUAAUGAACUAUAAAAGCCAGGUUGACCAACCUAGGAAAACAUAAGCCCGACCGCAGAAACAAACCUCAGAUACAUAAACACAAUACUAUAUAGACACUUUGCAGUCGAAACUCGGUGAAAAUUCUCACACCUUAGACGCUUAUUGAAAAAGUAUGCCAAUACUCCAACUUGCAUAGCUAAUGUACUUUUUGGUACUAAUCGAAUCAAUGGAUUAUCUUGUAAUAAGAUUUAUUUGAGCUAACAACGGAAAAAUGUAUUUUUGUGUUACUUGUAAUAUUGCACAGCUUGAAUAGUUGAAUAGUUCAUGACAUGUUGAUUAACCAUUCGAAUUAUCUUUCGAAUUUUGAAGGGUAAAUAUUUAUUACGCUUAAAGGUGACCAGUCACAUUGAAACAACAUUUUAUGACAUUUUCCAAUUUAUUCAAGGAAAUAAGACCCAUAACAUAGCGCUUGAUACCUGCUUUAUUACUGCCUUUUAAUAUAAAAAUAUAUGAAUACAUUGGAGUAUUUCUUUUGAUUUUCCAUAUAAUUUCUUGUUUUACAUUUCCAUUUUAUAGACAUUAGAACAUUUCAACAAUCGAAACCAAAAGACAAGUUUUAAAACUGCGAGUAGCUUUUUAAUUCUUUUAUUUCCAGUAUAUCUUGUUGAGCAACCAAGAUAGGCAAAGGGAUGUUAUGAUACUUUCACAAUACAAUUUUGGCCAAGUAAUCAUUAUUUAGUAUUUUAUUAUAUUAUUGUCAAUGCAUAUCGUUGACAAAUACAAUACAAUAUAGUUCUUACAUUCAUAUUAUUCCUUAUGUCAAGUAUCUUUAUCAAAUUCAUACUUAUGCUAAAAUAACUCUUGGUUCAGGAAAGUCAAAAUUUAAAAAAAACUCCAAUGAAAUUCUGACGAGUAUAAAAGUACUCAGUGAAAAUAACUUAAUGUAAAUAAUCAGAUUUUAAAGUUUCAAACAAAUCUAUUUCUUGGCCAAAAUCUGAUUAACCACCUUUAUAGAAAUUUGUAAAUAGGUGAACUACUGAGAAAGAAUUUAAGAAAAUACCUGACAAUGUGGUCAGCCAUUUUACUUAAUAUACUGUCGAAUUAUCUAUUUUGGAAAUAAUCUUUCAAAAAGAGUAACUAUUACACAGUGUCUUACGUUUAUGAUGAAAUUAGUGACCGUUUCUUACAUUCUAGAAACAACCAAAACAUUGUUUUGUUCUUCAGAAUUAAGUAAUACAUAAAAAAAGAGUUAAAUUCUCCAUUUUCGUUCUCACUAUUAUGGAGAUAAAAAAGCUUUCAUAUUGGCAAAAGUUGAAAUGUCCAUAACAUUCUCCUUUUUAAGCAUAUUUUGAAAAUUCGUUCGCUGCCUUGAAUGAUUUGAGAACACAUUAAGGGAAAAAGGCGGAUAUAAAUGCAUAUUUGAUGAACGUCGCCUUUACCCUUUUUUUUUGUUUCCAAGAUUUAUUUGAGGACUUUUAAUGUUAUAAUUAUAAUUAUGAUAGUUGCUCUGAUAAUAUUUUUAUCAGCUUCCGGUCUGAUUAUAAUUGUUUUAUAUUACAUUUAUUUCAUUAAAUUUUUCUUUUUUGCA